GUGAUUAAGGCAUUCCAAAACGCUUUUAAAAUCCCCGAAUUGCGGAAACGUCUUAUUUUUACAGGGUUGCUCUUGAUUGUUUACCGACUUGGUGCCCACAUUACGCUUCCCGGUAUCGACGAUGUAGCACUUGAGGCGUUUUUUGAACAACUCAUGGAGCGUGGGGGCAAUGUCAUUGGGUUCAUCGAUCUGUUUUCCGGGGGCGCAUUUAGUCAAAUGACGAUUUUCGCACUCGGUAUACAACCGUAUAUUAGUGCCUCAAUCAUUAUGCAGCUCCUCGCUGUCAUCGUCCCUUCUUUGGAGAAACUCUCAAAAGAACCUGAUGGCAGAAAGAAAAUUACGCAGUACACACGAUACGGAACUGUUAUACUCAGUAUCAUCCAAGGUAUAACGAUCAGUAUCGUCUUGCGGAAUCCAGAGAACAUUACCGGACAAGCAGGCGAGAUCGUCAGGGAUCCUAACUUAUGGUGGCAUUUUCUCGUAGUCGUGACACUCACAGCGGGUACCUCCUUCGUUAUGUGGCUUGGUGAGCAAAUCACGGAGCGCGGUAUUGGACAAGGCAUCUCGUUAAUCAUUACAGUUGGGAUUAUUGCUGGCUUACCUGGUGGUGUCACUACUGUUUUAAGCAAUUUAGUGACAAGACCAGAAUUUGGCAUCCUACAACUCGUGAUGCUCGUCGGGCUCAUUGUUAUAGCCGUCUCCGUCCGGAAGAUUCCAGUACAAUACGGUAGACAGAUUCGCGGGCGUAGAGUGAUUGGCGGGCAAUCAACACAUCUGCCGCUCAGAGUUAACGCCGCUGGCAUGAUUCCGAUCAUCUUUGCUAUUACACUUAUUCAGUUCCCGCCGACUGUUCUUGACUUUCUUCCACGAGACUGGGGAUGGGUAACAGGCGCGAAAGCACUGAUUGAUACGGGUACACCGUUGUGGCUUACCUUUUAUGCGUUGUUAAUCAUCGGCUUCACCUAUUUUUACACAGCCGUGCAAAUUAACCCUAUCCAAAUGGCAGAGGACUUACAGAAAUACGGCGGUUUUAUCCCCGGUAUCCGUGCUGGAAAACAGACUGCUGAUUAUAUCAAUACGACUCUCACACGGAUCACGCUGCCGGGCGCAAUCUUUCUUGCCGCUAUCGCUGUGAUUCCUAUUAUGAUCACAGGUUACCUCCAAAUCGGUAGUAUGGUAGACGGUGCCUCUAUUUUGAUUGUGGUCGGUGUGGUACUCGAUACAAUGUCACAAAUUGAAUCCUAUUUGACCGUCCGCCAUUAUGAAGGAUUCUUAAAAGAUCGUAAACUCAAGGGCAGACGGCGUUAA